AUGGAUGAAAUCUCAGCUUCCAUAGCUUUCUGCCAUUCUUCAACUUCACUGCUUUCUAAUGCAUGUUUAAAACUCAAUGGAUCAUUGUCUCCUGCAAGGAUAUCGAUUUCUUGCAGACUACUUCAUCCAAGAAUUUUGCUUGAUUUGUUUCAAAGGUCCUGGUUGUAUGAUGAGCUGAAUAAAAUUGUCCCGGUAUGGGCCAAAAAUUUGUCGAUUGAGAGGACAGCGAUACCGGUAUGUAGGCUUGGUGUAAAUUGGUUUGUAAGCUUGGCACAGCGACAGCAAGAAACAAACUUUCGUGAUUCGUUGAGGAGUCGCGAGUCGGGGCGACUCAGUAGACCGAUACUGAAAACCAAGUGUCCUGAUGUCCCUAUAUUGAACUUACUCAUGGACAUGUAUGCAAAAUGUGGAGCAAUUGAUUACUGUAAGAGGGUGUUUGGCAAUAUGCACUGUAAAGAUUUGACAUCUUGGAAUACUGUUCUUACACUGUAUGUGGUGAAUGGGUUUAUUGAACAAGGAAUGAUAUUGUUUGAUCAGAUGGUAGAGUCUGGAAUCAGACCAGAUGGAGUGACCUUUAUAGCUCUGUUAUCUGGCUGUAGCCAUGCGGGGCUUACUGACCAAGGACGGAGAUUGUUUGAUAAAAUGAAGUUGGGUUAUGGUAUAUCCCCAACUGUUGAGCAUUAUGCUUGUCUUGUAGAUCUUUUGGGAAGAGCUGGUAGAAUUGAGGAGGCCUUAGAUGUAGUAGAAAACAUGCCUGUGAAGCCGUCUGGAAGCAUAUGGGGUUCAUUACUCAACUCAUGCCGGCUCCAAGGCAAAGUUGCUCUUGCGGAGCGUGCUGCAAUGGAGUUGUUUGAGCUUGAACCUAACAAUCCCGGGAACUAUGUGGUGCUCUCAAAUGUUUAUGCAAAAUGGAGGGAUGUGGGGGGGGGGGGGGGCGGGGGCGGGGGGCAGGCUGGAUGCAGUUGGUUGCAAAUAGGGAGUCGGAUCCACACGUUUGUAGUGGGUGGGGGGUUUUCAGUUGAGUUUAAGAAAGUUUGGAAUGAAUUGACGGAUGCUAUGGAAGAGGUUGGGUAUAUUCCUGACACAAGUGUUGUCUUACAUGUAAAUGAAGAAGUGAAAUCGAUGUGGGUUUGCGGGCACAGUGAAAGAGUAGCAAUUACUUUUGCACUAGUUCACACUGCUGCUGGAAUGCCAAUUAGGAUUACAAAGAAUAUUCGUAUUUCUGCAGAUUGCCACUCCUGGGUAAAAAUAGUUUCAAUGGUUACAGGUAGAGUCAUUGUUUUGAGAGACACAAAUCGCUUCCACCAUUUCAAAGGAGGAGCAUGUACUUGUAAGGACUACUGGUGA